AUGGACCGCGAUGAAUACAGCUCGAAGCCAGCGCCAAUCGCUAUUGUCGGCGGCGGUCCUUGUGGACUUACAUUUGCGCGCCUUUUGGAAUGCGCUGAUAUCGACUACGUCGUUUUUGAGCGUGAUGCAUCUUCAGUGCCAGAGCCGGGCUUCCAGGGUGGCACUUUAGAUAUCCACGGUCCGACAGGCCAGGAAGCAUUACGACGCGCUGGUCUACAUGACCAUUUCGAGAAACUGGCACGACGUGAUGCGACAAGUAUGGUUGUCCAGAACUACAAGGGUGAUUAUUGCGUGAAAUUUGGCGAAAAGCGCGAUGCUCCUGAGAUCGACCGUCUCCAGCUCCGGCAGAUACUAUUGGAUUCCCUACCAUCUCAUCGAAUUCGUUGGGGCAAGGCCCUGAGAGCCAUUGAGCGCGACACACACCACGAGCAGAAGGGUGCCAAAGAUAUCAAGCUGCAUUUUACAGAUGGCUCGACAGAGACUGGAUUCCGGCUCAUUGUGGGUGCCGAUGGCGCUUGGAGUAAAGUGCGGCAACUUAUCACACCUGCAAACCCUGAGUAUUCAGGAAUUAUGUUCAUCGAGGGCCGACUAUCACUCGACAACCCACGGUAUCAUGCUGCGAGCGAGAUGAUAGGAACCGGAAACUCACUCACCACGAGUGCUAACGCUAUCCUGUGCGUACAGCAAAUGUCCGAUCGUUCCUACCGUGUCUAUAUGGGCAUCAAGGGACCACAAGACCUGACUCGAUCCGGUGGCGAGCUCGACGUGACCAACAUCGACAAGACCCGUGCGGCGCUGCUUGCACCUACUGGAUUCUAUGGUGACUGGGCAGAACAUCUCCGCGACUUUGUUGCCCAUGCUGAGGGUCCCUGGCGCGUUUGGCCCUGGUGCAGACUCAAGCCAGAAGUUCUCCUUCCAAAGGCCGAUGAUGCUGGCUACGAUGAGACCCAGAGUCAGGAUUCCUGGAAACGCUCUCCGGGCGUUGCCCUGCUUGGAGAUGCGGCGCACGCGGCCUCACCUAACGGCGAGGGUGUCAAUCAAGCAAUGUAUGACGCGUUGCGAUUGUUCGAAAGCAUCUCUGCUGAGAUAAGCGACAACCAGGAUGUGGACUUCGAUGAAACAACUGAUGCGGAAGCGCUAGAGCGAGCUAUCGCUACCUAUGAGGCUGAGAUGCUCCGUCGUGGACGUGACCAUAUCGAGGACGGCAUGAAUGUGGAGAAGAUGUUCUUUGGCGAGAAAGCGGCCGAGAAUCUCAUUGAGAAUUUCACGCAAGUGAAGCCGGAGGGAAGCAAGCCGCCGAUGGGGCCUGGAUCUAUUAUUGCCUCAGAAAAUUAG